UCUGCAAUAUAUCUCCGUUUGUUGAAGCAAGCGAUGAAUCUCUCACAAUUCACACAAGCAAAGAAAAGGAUAGCAUCCAAACUUUAUGGACAAGAUUGAUCACAUAACAGUAGCCACAAAUGGCAUCAACAUGCACGUAGCAAUUAUUGGGACAGGCCCAACAAUCCUCUUCUUGCAUGGCUUCCCUGAACUCUGGUACUCAUGGAGAUACCAGCUUCUCUCUCUUUCUUCCCUUGGUUAUCGUUGCAUAGCCCCUGACCUUCGUGGCUUCGGCGACACUGACGCUCCCUCAUCGAUGAAUGAUUACACGGGCCUCCACGUAGUAGGAGACCUCGUCGGCCUCCUUGACGCCUUGGAGAUCGAGCAGGUGUUUUUGGUGGGCCAUGACUGGGGGACACUCAUAGCUUGGUACUUCUGCUUGUUCAGGCCUGAUAGAAUCAGAGCCUUGGUCAGCACAAGCGUUGCCUUCUCGCCCAGGAACCAACAGCUAAAGCCUAUGGAGGGGCUCAGGGCCAUGUUCGGCGAUGAUUACUACAUUUGCAGGUUUCAGGAACCUAUAGAGACUUACGAGGAGUUCGCCGGAGCCGAUACUGCGACACUGUUAAGAACUAUUUUUACAGCUCGGGAUCCUAACCCACCCUGCCUACCUAAAGGAAUAGAAUACAAAGCACUACGAGACCUUCCCUGCCGCUUGCCCUCUUGGCUAUCUGAAGAAGAUAUCAACUACUAUGCAACCAAAUUUAACCAGAAAGGCUUCACAGGGGGAUUGAAUUAUUACAGAAGCAUCAACCUAACAUGGGAGCUGAUGGCGCCAUGGACAGGAGUAGGAAUCAGAGUACCAGUUAAGUUCAUAGUAGGGGACUUGGACACGGCCUACCACCUUCCAGGCGUGAAGGAAUACAUAGCAAACGGUGGGUUUAAAAAAGAUGUGCCCCUUUUGCAAGAAGUGGUGAUAAUGGAAGGAGUGGGCCAUUUUAUUAACCAGGAAAAGGCAGGGGAAGUGUCCCGACACAUUCAUGAAUUCAUAAAAAAAGUUCUGACCAGUGACCAAAAACAGGAACCCGCAUCUCCAUGCUCUGCAUGUGUGGCUUGUAAUUGAUUCCCACUGUGUUUCACUUUAUAUCUGUACCAGCUCAACACUUUGCUUACCGCUAAUAACAAAGUGCGCUGUUUUUUCUUUUUUUUGUUUGAAAUAGGGGUCGGAGGGUCGAACCUCAGACCUCUCAGGUCUAUCAGAAUGCACUUUCCACCGUGCUAAGUUUCGGAGUCCAUGUGCUGUUUUUUCUUAGAAGUAUGAAAUCUUAGAAUUUUAAAUAAUUCAUUAACUAUUAUUUAUU